CGCUCCCUUGGAUUGAAGCGCGUUGAUGCUGAUGUCGCAAUCAAACCGCGACAGUUGCCCAGCAACUGUUGCCCAGGGAACUUGUCAAACAAAACAUUCCAGAAAUUGGAAUGUAGAGCCGGGUAGAGGUGACUAGCUAGCUAUUAUUUGCUUCUCAGAAAAAAAGUGCAUAUUCCAGAAAUAUGUCGACCACUAUGUAUCCAACAGAAAGUAUUUACAACCUUAUUCCAAGGGAGGAGGUUAAAAUAGAGAAACCACCAAGGUAUAUGUCAAAGUUUAGGGCACAAGUUAAGCAUGAGAAAAUGCUGAAUAAGCCUACCAACAAGACUAUGGGACCAGUAAAAGUAGACUUGCCCUCUCCAGAGAAAUAUCUGCUCAAGCACUCCAAGGAACCCAAACUUCCUGAAAAGCAACCAUUUUCAUAUUUGGAGGAUGAGACUUUCAAAAAACCACAAAUACCUUCCAAAGCAGACAACCCACUUAUGGGCAUUCACACCAAAAAGGACUUUGUAAAGACAAACGCCUUUGAGAACAUCAUGGCAGUGCCAAAAAAGCCACAGCCUAUCUAUGCUGACACUAAAACUGGAGACAAACAGCUCCUGGAAAAUUCAGGACUACUCCCAAAGUACAUCAAGAAAAAGGACUUUGGGAAGACCCCUGAGUACUUGCAGCAUCGCACUGAGGAGGUGAGGAGGGCUCAGGAUGAGUAUGACAGCUUUGUCAAGGAACACAUGAGACAGGGCACCAUGAAACAGCUCUCUGAGGAUGAGCGAAACAACAUCCUACAGGGCUUGAAGAUUAACUGGGGGGAGCUGCACCAUCAGUACCAGGGACUCUCUGUUGUCACGGACACCACCCCUAAGAAGUACCGCAAGGAGCGUCUGGAGCUGGAGAUGAAGCAGCUGGAGAGGGACAUUGACCUCAUCGAGAGAUACAAGACUAUAUUCAUCGCCAACAACUAACACCUCUUUUCUUUAGUGUCAAAUGGCAAAUACAUUGUAAACAGAUAUUCAGUGAAGAAAAAAACUACUGUCCUAAAUGCUAGAUGUGAAAUUGUCUGGAAAAUAGUCAUAUAACUCUCAUUACCCCUGUCUAUGAUUUCACUUUGUUUUGGAAAUCUAAAUAAACUCUGCACUAUAUUUUAA